AUGGCAGGACCAGAGAAUAUCAACGAUCAUAACGAAAAUAUUCGUCAGAUGCAAUCCGAACUCGAAACACUUCGAUCAAAAGGUUCACAUGCUGGAAGCUCCUACGAUCGUCGCAUUGGAGAUCGUAUUGCUUAUCUUAAAGCUCAAAUUCACGUUGUUACUUUGAAACGUAUCAUUGAUUUAAGAAGCGUUGGACGUAAGGAUGGCACACCUGCAUGGAAAGACGUUCUUCCGCAAAUAAGUGACGGCCAUGUUUAUUCGUACAAUCCUUGUUAUUCGUUCAGUCAAGUAAAUUGCCUAGAUGUUGCUGCUUGUCAAGCACAUCAGACCGACCAGAAGCUAACAUAUUCAUUAGGUACACAGAACAGUGUGCAGUGGAGAACCAAUCUAGGUCAAGAACUACCGACAUUAGUGUAUAAAACUACCGAACGAACAUUAGAAGUCACUUUAAAAUGUCUCGGCCCAAAGGAAUCUGAUAGAUUGGACGUUCAAGGCCUUGAUACAGUCAAACGCAUUUACACUAUGACAUUGUCUUCGAAAUGCGCCUGUUGGGAUGGAUGCGGUUCUGGUUCGACACCGAACAAUGGAAUCAGUGGAGGUUUAGUCUUCAUCAUUGUAUUGUUCACGUUGCUGUGUAUCUAUUUGGUUGGUUUUACGGUGUUUAAUAAAUUCAAACGACAAGCCACUGGAUUUGAUAUGCUUCCACAUCGUACUUUCUGGAUUUCACUACCUGGUUAUGCGUUGGCAGGAACAAGAUUUAUAUUCGGAAAAAUAAUGAAUAGAAAAACGGAUUACAGCUCCGUUCCAUAA